UUGUGCGCGUGUUACGUACGAGUACAACAAAAAUGACAGAUUCUUGGCGUUUGGAUAUUUUACCGUGCGAAAUAUUGUUGGCAAUUUUUGAUUAUUGUGAUGUAAUUGAUUUGCUACGAAUCAGUCAAGUGUGCAAACGAUUUAACGAAAUUAUACACACGGAUGGAAUAUGGGUUAAGAAGAGCAACCGAUCAAUUGUUACGAAUCAAAUAUCAGAAAGAUUUCGUAAAAUAUGUAAUCCAAUAUUGUUACCACGCAACAAGUGUUUUGUAUCAUAUAAUUGGCAAUAUGGAAAGUAUAAGAAAAAUUUCAUAUUCUACAAAAGGAGAAUAUUGAUGCCAUGGCUGCAAAUGACAAAGGAGAUGCUCUGGUGGUGCGGUGGCAAUAACUUUGUUGGUAUUGAACGUAGGGAUCAACUGACACAGAAAAAUAGGGACGAAAGCUUUUCUAGUCACAAUCUAAUGUACAUGCCAAAAGAGUUCUCGAAAUUUGUCCUUUGGAAAAAUUUCAUUAUAAGUGGCCAUAGCGAUGGCCGCAUAAUAUAUUGGUUGGAUACGUCAUGCAAAACCGGACCUCGUUUGCGUAUCCUGACGUCAGUAAAAAAUGUUCAUCCGUCCUACAUCAGUGCCAUAGAUGCAACAUCGCGGAAUGUCAUUUCAGCUUCGCAUAGUAUGAUAAGGAUUCAGAAGAAUAUAAGUACGUUAGCCGAACAGUUGGACGAACAGUCAGCAAACCAUCACAGUAAAUCUGGGGUUUGUAUAGGUAUUAAGGAUAGAGUGCAAUCGCUCGCAAUUGAUCCCACGGAGACGAAAUUCGCCGUUGGAUCAGGUGGAUGGACCGACUUUCCGCCCCUUCACAUAAUCGAUAUUAACAAACACCACAUGAGCGCAAUGGUACAUAAAUGGAGGCACGGCGCUGGAAUAUUAGACAUGGUUUGGGACAAUCCCCACACUUUGCUCACUUGUGGCUACGACUCGCACAUUCGAAAAUGGGAUUUGAGAGUCGGGAAAUGCGUGAGUUCAUGGGCGGAUCCGAAUGAUGCAACGCUAUAUUGCAUCUCGUCGGAUUAUCAAUAUACCAUGAUUACGGGGACGCAGUAUACUGAAAUGGCAGUUCUGUGGGAUCAGAGACAAAGAAAUUUCGUUCAGGUCUAUUACGUGAAUCCACGGUCGGCAUUCCGAAGCAGUCCAAUCUAUUCUCUGAGGUUCGAUAGUAGCCAUCUGUAUUGCGCUAUGGAUCGAUACUUGGUCGAACUGAACUUCUCGGACCAUUUGUGCCAAAAAAAUGAUUAUAAAAUGUUGUACAAUCUGUACGAUAGAAACUGUGAAAAACAGAUGAGAACAAGACGAGCAAGAUAAAGAUAUAUUUUAAAAAUUGGAUCGUCUAAUGUACCUGGUGGAAAAGUGGCAUCAACAAUGCCAAUGGCAUAGACGAGCAAGAUACAUUUGAGAAUACGUUAAAGAAUAUUUUCUAAACUACUUUCACGACAAGAAACGACGAAGGACAAUGUUAUUUUUAUGAAAACUGUAAUUGCAAUUUUAAUACAAACACAGAAAAAAUAAUAAUUAUACUGCAA